CACAGCAAAGAAUCCCCCAAAAAGAAGAUAGAGCAAAAUCCUCUCUUAUAGUGCCAUCCCAACCACUUUAUUUGGAAAAAAGCAAUUAUGCAUACAUACCUCACUUUCUCUCUCUACCCAUAAAAAACCGUCCAUCUCCUCUCUCUCUCUCUCUCUCUUCACGCCUCCAAAAGUCAGCGCGGGCGCCUUCGUUUUGUCUCUACAUAUCAGAGCAGAAAAAAGGAGAGAGAAAGAAGGAAGGAAAAUUAAUGGAGGAUGACUGGGAUCUCCACGCCGUGGUUAGAAGCUGCUCCUCCUCCACCGCCACCGCCACCACCGCCGCCACCGCCACCUCCUCCGCCGCCACCGCCGGCUGCCAAAACCUCAGCAGCUUCGAGCAAGAUUGCACCUUUAGUUGGUGUAAUAAAGAUCCGUUUGAGCCCAGAAGAAGUAGAAGCUUCGUAGAAGACUUGCAUGAGCUUUGGAAACCUUUCUUCCCCAAACAACAAAUCCCCAUUUCUCCCCUCUCCAUUUUGCAAGAUCAACAGCAGCAGCAACAGCAGCAGCAGAAAGAAAUCAAACAAAUAAUUUCUCCCCAAAAACAGCAGCUUUUUUCCAUCGUUAAUGGCUCAAAACCUUCGCAUCACCCCACACCAAGGUCCAAGAAAAGGAAAAUUCACUCGAAGAAGGUCUGCCAUGUCCCCGCAGAGAGCUUAUCUUCCGACGUGUGGUCGUGGAGAAAAUACGGCCAGAAACCGAUCAAGGGAUCUCCAUAUCCAAGGGGUUAUUACAGAUGCAGCACAUCGAAGGGGUGUAUGGCGAGGAAGCAGGUGGAGCGGAACAGAUCCGACCCGGGCAUGUUCAUCAUCACCUACACCGGCGACCACAGCCACCCCGUCCCCACCCACCGGAAUUCCCUCGCCGGCAGCACCCGCCACAGGGAAGCUAAGAAGCCGGAGACGUCGCCGCCGCCGCCGGAGAAGAUGGAGAGCAGCCGCGAGGACUUGGCCGAUGUCGAGGAGGAGGAGGAAGAGGACGACGAUUUCUUCGCCGGAUUGGAGGAUUUCGCCGCGGAGGGAUUGCCGGCGGCGGCGGAGGCGACGGCGGGAGGCGGUUGAUGCUUUUCUUCUCGCUCACUUUUCUUUUUUACGUUUUUGUAGGCACGAGACGAGUUUUUUGUCCGUUGAGAAAUGUAGAGAAUCUUCUAAAUCACAAACUCCUUUUUUUUUCUCUCUUUUUUUAAAAUACCUUUUAGAGAUUUUUAAUUUAAAUCUGGAAAUUAUAAAGGAGUCUUCUAGAGGAAAAGGAGAGUAGAUUCGAUGGCUCUUUUAGGUGUUGGUUGUAUAUGUGCAUGUCUUCCAUUAUUUAUCUAAUUUAUAUAUUUAUUUUAUUCAA